AUGGUGCCCGAUCUUCCUUUGGAAUUGGUAGAGGAAAUACUCUCUAAGGUUCCCACCACAUCUUUGAUACGAUUACGAACUACUUGCAAACGAUGGAACGCUUUAUUCAAAGACCCAGGAUUUACCCAGAAGCACUUUCGUAAAGCAAAGAAGGACUCUAUGGUUCUCAUGUUCAAGGAACAUAGGGUUUGUCCAGUGAGACUCAAUCUCAACGCUGUUCCACCGUCUAUAGAGUUUAAAGGUGCACUUGGCCUAAACGGUUCCCAUUCGAAUUCAGGACAAGUCGAUAUAGUCAGAGUUUCCCACUGUGACGGUUUGUUGUUAUGCAAAACCAAGGACGAUCGACUCGUAGUUUGGAAUCCGUGUCUAGGAGAAACCAGGUGGAUCCCAUUCAAAUAUGAUUACAAGAGAUACGGCUUGAAUUUCACUCUAGGAUAUAUCCAAAACAACGAAUCUUGCCGUAGAUACAAAAUCUUGUGCACUUCUAAACACAAUAGAAGAGUCUCGGGGUUUGAAAUAUAUGAGUUUAGCUCUGAUUCAUGGAGGGUUCUUGAUGACGUUAGUCACAAAUCCUCCAUCAUGGUUCAUGGAGUGUCUUUGAAGGGAAACAUUUACUCCCUUGCAUUUGAUCAUGAAGAAAGAUCUAGAUCUUUAUGCAGUUUUGAUUUUACAACAGAGAGAUUCAAACAUCUGUGUCUUCCGCAUUUCCAAUAUUUUUAUAACAUGGUUCUAUCGGUUGUUAGAGAAGAACAACUCUCAGUGUUAAAUUGGAACCGUCGUACAUCAAAGAUGGAGAUAUGGAUAACCAAUAACAUUGAUGAUAAUGAAGCUACGCUGUUGUGGAGGAGACUGCACUUAGACACUCGCCUUAAUUGUUGCGUUACUUUCGUCUUCUCAAGUCUAUUGACCGACGAGGAGAAGAGUGUUGUCUUGUGCUGCAAUAUUAAUGAGGAUUAUAAGACCAGCAAGAACGUGGUAUUCAUUGUCGGAGAGGACGAUGGACAUUGCAUAGACAUCCCUUACGCGGAGUCUACAAACAUACAAAUUUCGCUUAUUAACAGUUUAGAAAAAUGGAAUCCAUUUAUUUUCAGUUAUGUUCCCAGUUUGGUUCAAAUCCAGUAA